AUGAACCAAUUGAAUACGACUACGGGUCUAAAUGAACAGCUGGGCAAGGCAAUGGAUACUCCUGAGGUCACGGCCUCGUGGUCCGAGGAGGAGAUGACAGUGGCGCAAAUGCUCAAACUUGAUUUCAUGAAAUCGGCUGUCAACCUACCACAGAGGUCGCGGGAUCGUUUUGUCGAGUUAUCGCAACAGAUUAGCGAGGUGGGCUCUAGGUUUGUGGAUGAGAUGGCACCGGAGCAGUCCAUGAUUGUCUUGCCCUCGAGCAAGUUUCAAGGAAUGAACCCAGUGAUUGCGCGACGGCUGACCCGGAAGGGCUCGAUUUAUCUUCAUAGCAUGAGUUCAGAAGCCGCCGUUGCACUCCGGAGCGUCUUCGAUGAAGAUACCCGGAAAUCGAUCUACUACGCCUCACGCACAGCAUCGAGCAGAUCAGUACGACAUCUUGAGACGUUGCUCAGGUUACGCGCCGACCUUGCCGAACUGGCGGGAUUCGAGAGUUAUGGACACAUGACUCUUCGAGACAGGAUGAUGGCGAAGUCGCCAGAGGCCGUCGAGAAAUUUCUUCAGGGACUCGUCAAGAAGAAUGCCCCUAUUGUGCGGCAAGAGAUGGAUGACCUGGCAAGCCAGAAACGACACUAUCAGCACAGCUCCGCAGCUGUCAUAAAUGCAUGGGAUAAGGAUUACUAUAUGAGCAUGAUUCGAGACUCGAUGAGGUCGAGGCAGCGGCACGAUGACUUCCUGUCAGCAUAUUUCUCGCUCGGGACGAUAAUGCAAGGUCUGUCGAGGUUGUUCACUCGGCUAUAUGGCAUACGACUCGUGCCCAAGGAGACCGCGCCAGGUGAGACGUGGCAUUCUGACGUAAGGAGACUCGAUGUGAUCUCAGAUACGGACGGUCAUGUCGCAGUUCUGUACUGCGACCUCUUUUAUCGAGAAGACAAAUCGCCGAACCCAGCGCACUUCACAGUUAGGUGCUCCCGAGAGAUAUCAGAAGGAGAGAUUGCCGAGGCAGCCAAUGCAAUGCAGGAGUCAGGGGACAUGCCUAACUUCGCUUCGCCCGAAGAUGCGGCGAACGAUGGAAUGUCACUCUCUCGAAGCAGCGGUGUGCUGAAGCAAUUACCAACCAUUGCCCUCGUCUGCGACUUCCCGCAAAGCGAGACCGCGGGCGUCAAGCCUGCUUUCCUCACAUACUUCCAGAUGGAAACGCUGUUCCAUGAAAUGGGCCAUGCAAUUCAUUCCAUCCUGGCACGGACAUCCCUCCAGAACGUGGCAGGAACCAGAUGCGCCACUGAUCUAGCAGAGCUUCCAUCAACCCUAAUGGAACAUUUUGCCGCUGAUCCCACUGUGCUGAGCCUGUUUGCUCGCCAUUAUGAGACCGAUGAACCCCUAGACUAUGAGGCUGUCGCCGAGAGAUUAAAGCAGUCGAGGAGGUUCGAGGGAUCAGACACAGAAAACCAGAUCAUCCUAGCUAUGCUUGAUCAGAAAUAUCAUUCGGCGUCAGCAGCGGACCCAUCCUUCAACUCUACAGACGUGUUCCGCAAUCUACAACUGCAGUUCGGGAAUAUCCCCGCUGACCCACCAGGGACAAGGUGGCAAGGCUUCUUUGGGCAUUUGUUCGGCUAUGGUAGCACAUACUACAGCUAUCUUUUUGACCGGGUGCUCGCCGAGCGGGUAUGGCGAGUGGUUUUCUCGUCAGGGCAACAAGAAGGUGCCAUAAAUAGAGAGAAUGGGGAGCAGUUGAAAGAGAACCUGCUCAAGUGGGGAGGCAGUCGGGAUCCCUGGAGAUGCCUGGCGGCCGCGCUGAAGGAUGAUAGGGUAGCGGACGGGGAUGAAAAAGCGAUGGCCCUGGUAGGAAGCUGGGGCAUGAGCAGGAACGCCUAG